GAGGAUUUUGUUUCCAGGACAUAUGAAAAUGAUUCCUUCUUCUUCUCUGGUUCCUCUUCCGAAAAACCAGUAAGCAAACCGCCUGAUAUGCCCACCGCGAAUUUCAAUUCACAGCUCAGCUGGGCAUGCCAAACAUCUCUCCUUUCUGGGUUUUCAUCUCCCACUCACCGAUUUCUGAAUCUAGGGUUCUUAUUCAAACCAAUCAAUUUUUCAAUUUCAUUUUGAGCUGAGUAUCAUCAAGAACACCAGCUCCUGGCAGCAACCCAGGUUUUCUUUCUCAUUGCAGCACUGAGAGCUCAUAGGUAAUGGAUGACCUCAAAGAGAGCCUGCUUCCGCCAAAAGUCCCAAAACCUGCAUCAGCUAUUAGCCUUCGGGAGUCAUCUUAUCGACCAGCAGCCUUUGGAAGGCAACCCUUUCAAAGUGUGGAUGUUCUGGGGCUGAAGAAGCGGGGCCAGGGCCUUCGGUCUUGGAUUCGCGUUGAUACGUCUGGGAAUUCUCAGAUCAUUGAGGUUGACAAGUUCACCAUGAUGCGCCGUUGUGAUCUACCUGCCCGUGAUCUACGCCUGCUUGAUCCUCUAUUUGUUUACCCUUCAACCAUCCUUGGAAGAGAGAAGGCUAUCGUUGUAAACCUAGAGCAGAUUCGAUGUAUUAUUACAGCUGAUGAGGUUCUUCUUUUGAAUUCACUUGAUAGCUAUGUAUUGCAAUAUGUGGUGGAGCUUCAGAGAAGAUUGACAACAAAUGGGGUAGGUGAUGUUUGGCAAUCCGAUGGUUCUGAAUUGAGUCGGAGGAGGGGAAAUAGAAAUUUUGAUAGUGUGUUUGGAAGCACAUCUCCUGAUUAUUUGCCCUUUGAGUUUAGGGCCUUAGAAGUUGCUCUGGAGGCUGCCUGUAAAUUUCUUGAUUCUCAGGCAGCUGAACUAGAAAUUGAAGCAUAUCCAUUACUAGAUGAGCUCACGUCAAAGAUCAGUACACUGAACUUGGAGCGUGCACGUCGAUUGAAAAGUAGGCUCCUUGCCUUGACUCGGAGAGUUCAGAAGGUUCGAGAUGAAAUAGAGCAGCUCAUGGAUGAUGAUGGAGAUAUGGCUGAGAUGUAUCUCACCGACAAGAAAAGUCGUAUGGAGUCAUCGUUUUAUGGUGAUCAAUCUGUGUUGGGUUACAGAUCUACUGAUGGUACAUCUCUUUCUGCUCCUGUUUCUCCUGUAGCUUCACCUCCCGAUGGCCGAAAGCUUGAGAAAACCCUGAGCAUUGCAAGGAGUCGACAUGAAAGCAUGAGAAGUUCAGAGAGUGCUACAGAGAGUAUAGAAGAGCUUGAGAUGCUGUUGGAAGCAUACUUUGUUGUCAUUGACAGCACACUGAAUAAGCUGACAUCGUUGAAAGAGUACAUUGAUGACACAGAAGAUUUCAUAAACAUUCAGCUGACUUUCCAAUACAAUUUGAAUUUUGUCGAGGACUUAUCAUUAGAAACCUCUAUAAUACCAUGCGAUAAUGUCCGAAAUCAGCUGAUCCAAUUUGAGCUACUACUCACAACUGCAACUUUUGUUGUUGCUAUAUUUGGGGUCGUGGCAGGAAUCUUUGGGAUGAACUUCGAAAUACCUUUGUUUGAUAACGCUGGUGCAUUUAAGUGGGUACUUGUAAUUACGGGUGUAACUGGCUUUUGCAUAUUUUCUGCAUUUGUGUGGUUCUUCAAGUACAGAAGACUGAUGCCACUUUAGAUGUAAAGCGAAACCUCAAUGAAGGAAUUACAAAUGAAAAAGAUAAAAAAAAUAAUUUAUUGCUAUUGUCUAUGUUCCUUCUUUAGAUUAGGAGGAAUUGAAUUGAGGAGUUGGAUUGAGGAGAAUUAGAUUUUGGAUUUCUA